GUCAACAGUAAAAGGGGCGUACCGAUAUCAGCGGUCAGUCCCACACAAGUCACAUUAUUUUUCCCUUCCCAUUCUAAUCACCCCAAGCCCCAAGCCAGACGCUUUAGUCGCGGCAGCAGUGAAAAGAGAAUCCCCGAGCCGAAAUGUACGCGCCAGGGGUGAAUUCGUCGACCACCCUGUCGUCGUCGUCGUCCUACAACAACGACAGGCCACCAUCGGCUGAAGCUGUCGAAGUGGCCACUGACCCCGCUUCUGGAGGAUUUUUCAAUUCCGAUUACAAGAAACAUGAUGAUCUGAAGCAGAUGCUGGACAGCAACAAAGACAACCUCAAAUUAGAAGCCAUGAAAAGGAUCAUCGGCAUGGUGGCCAAGGGCCGAGAGGCAUCAGACCUUUUCCCGGCGGUUGUCAAAAAUGUUGUUUCAAAAAACAUUGAGGUGAAAAAGCUAGUUUACGUCUACCUGGUCAGAUACGCCGAGGAGCAACAGGACCUGGCCCUCCUCUCUAUAUCGACCUUCCAAAGGGCCUUAAAGGACCCCAACCAGUUGAUCAGGGCCAGCGCUCUGAGGGUUCUUUCCUCCAUCCGAGUGACCAUGAUCGUGCCCAUUGUAAUGCUAGCCAUCAAAGAUGCCGCCGCUGACAUGUCUCCUUACGUCCGCAAAACCGCAGCGCAUGCAAUCCCCAAAUUGUACAGCUUGGACCAGGACCAAAAAGAAGAGUUAAUUCAGGUCCUGGAGAAGCUCCUCUACGACAAAACUACUCUUGUGGUCGGAUCUGCGGUCAUGGCCUUUGAAGAGGUCUGUCCUGAGAGAAUCGACCUGAUUCACAAGAAUUUCAGGAAGCUGUGCAGUUUGCUCGUGGACGUCGAUGAAUGGGGACAAGUUGUGAUUAUCAAUAUGCUGACCAGAUAUGCGCGGUCGCAGUUCACAGAUCCAAACCUUCAAGAUGUAGAUGAAGAUGAGGAAAGCAAGAGACCGUUUUACGAGGACGAAAAUGAGGUCGAAGAAGAGCAACAGGAGAAAAGGGCACCAACCCUUGAUCCUGACCACCGCCUGCUCUUGAGAAGUGCAAAACCCCUUUUACAAAGUAGAAAUGCAGCUGUUGUUUUGAGUGUGGCCCAACUGUACCACCACACAGCUCCAAGAUCUGAAGUCCACCAAGUCGCGAAAGCUAUGAUCAGACUUCUGAGGUCGCACAGAGAAGUUCAGGACAUUGUUCUGACCUCGAUCGCAGCCACAGCAACCCGCAGAAAGGUUAUGUUUGAGCCAUUCCUCAAGAGCUUUUUCGUCCGUUCAAGCGAUGCAACGCACAUCAAACUGCUAAAAUUGGAAAUUCUGACAAGCUUGGCAACUGAAUCCAGCGUCGGAAUUAUCUUGAGAGAACUGCAGACCUAUGUUGCUGCCCACGACCCUCCUUUUGUGGCUGCAGCCAUCCAGGCUAUUGGCAGGUGUGCGUCAAACAUCAAGGAGGUCACCGACACCUGCUUGAAUGGCCUCGUUUCUCUUCUUUCCAACAAAGACCAGGCUGUUGUCGCUGAGAGCGUUGUGGUGAUCAAGAAGUUGCUGCAGACUCAGCCAAGCGCACACAGGGAGAUAAUCAUUCAAAUGGCCAAACUAGUGGAUUCAGUCACUGUCCCGCAAGCCAGAGCUUCAAUUCUGUGGCUUCUUGGAGAGUAUUCUGAGCGAGUGCCUAAAAUCGCACCUGAUGUUCUUCGUAAGAUGGCUAAAACUUUCACCAGUGAGGAGGACAUUGUAAAGCUGCAGGUCAUGACUCUGGCUGUAAAAUUGUGCCUGACCAACCCCAAACAAACAAAACUGCUUUGCCAGUAUGUCCUUCAACUGGCCAAAUAUGACCAAAACUACGACUUGCGAGAUCGUGCAAGAUUUUUGCGCCACAUAAUUUUCCCCGCCGACGCUGAAUCUGGCGGGCCCACGCGGCUUAGCAAACAAGCCAAGAAAAUUUUCCUGGCUCCAAAGCCAGCUCCAGUCCCUGAAUCUCAUUUUAAAGAUCGAGAGCAAUUCCAACUUGGCUCGCUUUCCCACUACAUAAACACAAAGGCCAAUGGUUACCAGGAAUUGCCACCUUUCCCACUUGAAGCUCCUGACCCUAAAGCCAGAGACGUGGAAACUGAACCGCAAGUCAUGGAGCAAGCACCGCUGUUCACCGCCAAGAAAGUUAGCAGCAAGAAGGACAGCACAUUUUACUCAGAUACUGAAUCUCCAGAAGAUGAGUCUGAGGAAGAUGAAAACAGUUCUGAUGAAGACGACGAUGAUGAUGAAGAGGAAGAGGCCUCGAGCAGUGAUAAGGAUGAUGAUGACAAUGAGGAUGAGGAAAGCAGUGGCUUGGAAGAAAAGCUGCCUAUUAAGGUUGUGAAAUCAACCGCAAAGCCCAAGAGUGACGAAGAGGAAGAGGAGGACGAAAGUGAUGAGGAAGAUAGCUCGUCAGAAAGUGUUUCUGAUUCGGAUUCUGAGGAUGAAUCCAGUGAACCUAGCAGCGUACCUAAAAAGCAAGUUCGCAAUGCUAAACCAGCAAAAGAAUCUACUCCUGUGGCAAAACCAAAAUCGAACCUUGAUCUUCUGCUUGAUUUAGAUGAUGUUUCUCCAGCAUUUACUCCAAUCAUGACGCCUUCUCUUGGAGGCUUUCUCACUCCAAUGAGCACUCCAUCUUCUCAAGUCAAGACCCAACUGUUUCCUGAUAUCCAGCCUGCCAGUGCUGUCAUCUCGCCAAAUACUACUUCAGAGCUGUUGAACAAAAUCAACUCUAAUGGAUUGGAAAUCAAAUACCGAUUCACGCGCUCGCCUCACCUCUAUUCACCCAGCAUGGCUUCAGCUGAACUAACAUUCCACAAUCAUGGGCCAGAUGAGCUGACAGACAUCAGAGUCGGUGAAAAACCAACAAGUGGUGGCGUUUCCAUACAUGAUUUUGCACCCAUUCCUUCCCUCUCACCUGGAUCAUCUCUGAUGGGCACUAUCGGUGUUGAUUUUGCUGAUUCCACGCAGCCAGUCAAUUUUGAAAUAAAAAUCGGCUCCGACAGAACGUACCCAGUUGCUCUGAAAGUUCCUGUUGGAGAGGUGAUCAGAGCUGUCGCGAUGUCUGAGGAAUUAUUUCUCAAGCAACAAGGUGGUUUGCGAGGAAUGAACGAAAACACUGCUAAAUUGAGCUUAACUAAGCCUUGCACAGAUUUGAAGAGUCUGACGAACAAGAUUUUGACUGUUGCUAAUCUUGGCGUGAUACCAAACUCCGAUUCUUCAACUCUGAGAUUCGCCGCGCAAACGCUUUCUUCAAAAUCGACUGUACUUGUCUCUCUACUUUCAUCGGAUAAUCAAAACCUAACCAUCACUGUUAAUUGUGAGAAAAUGGUGAUUGGAUCGAUGCUUAUCACACAACUGAAAGCUUGCCUUGCUGAUUAGUUAUUUUGGAACAUAACUGUAUGCAUUCCAUUUGUGCAAUCAUAUAUUUCUCAAUUUUAAAUAUUUAAUUUUUGUUACAAUGCCACAAAAGAAAUUGUAAAUAUUGGCAAAGUGUGUGCAAUUUAUCUCAAAAAUAAAAUAUACACAACACUAUCGUUUAAACUCA